AUGAUUCUAAGGUUUGUCAUAAUUCUCUUCGGAGUUAUAAUACAUGCUUUGUCAGAACCUGCGCAUGACAGUGAUCAUGAUAUUCAAAGGAUAAAACAUGAGCCGAGGUAUUUUAUCACUGCAUCUAAGACAGUGCGUCCAGGUCAAGUGUACAGCAUUUAUGCUACUGUAUAUAAAUCAACUUAUCCUAUUAGUGUUAGAGCUUCAAUUCAUCGAAAUGGUGUGGAGUUGGUUUCAGCUUUACAGGAAUGUCAGUCUUCUGUUCCAGAAACUUUGAUGCUGAAAAUACCUCCUACUAGUCUUUUUGGAUCUUAUAAACUACGAAUAGAGGGAGAUAUUCAUGGAGUCCUUGUUGGAGGAACUGCAUUUUACAAUGAAUCAGAGCUUGUUUAUUCACAGAGGUCAAUGACUAUUUUUAUUCAGACAGAUAAACCUAUUUAUACUCAAGGAGAAACUAUUUAUUUUCGUGCCAUACCAGUCACUACCGAUUUAAAGGCGUUUUCAGAUGCCAUUGAUGUGUUCAUCCUCGACCCUAGAAGAACUGUUAUGCGCAGAUGGUUAUCUAGGCAGACAAAUCUUGGGGCUGUUAGCUUGAGUUAUGAACUGUCUUUACAACCUCGGUUUGGAAAUUGGACCAUUCAAAUUGUUGCACAGGGCCAGGUGGAGGAGAAAACUAUUCAUGUUGAAGAAUAUUAUCAGACUCCAUUUGAAGUGAAUGUCACCAUGCCUCCUUUCAUAAUGGAAAAUGAACAAGUGAUAACUGGAUGUGUCACAGCAAAUUAUACUAGUGGUGCUCCAGUUUACGGCAAUCUAACAGUAAAAGCGACAGUGGAACCUCUUCAGAAGCAUCAUAAACGUUAUGGUUUAUUGCCAGAAACUAAGCUUUUCCUGAAUUAUUUUAGUGGAUAUGUUGAAUUUAAACUGCCUAUGAAUGAUCUCCGAAGAGCAAUGUCACACCUUGAUCGUUCAAAGUUAACUGUGAUAGUUGAAGUUGGUGAAAGGUUCCUGAAUCAGAUUCAGAUUGGGUUUGCCCAAUCUGUUAUAUAUAAAUCAAACAUAAAACUAAACUUCCUUGGAUCAAGUCCUCAAGUUUUUAAACCAGCCAUGCCAUUUAGAUGUUAUGUUGCUGUAUCAUUUUAUGAUGGGUCUCCUUUGCCUUCUUGGAGACUCAAUGAUCAAAAACUGGAAAUUAUUACUACUGUGCAUUUCAAGUAUGGAGAAGAAAGGCAACUAGAGACAAGAUAUGAACAAAUGUCCCCUAUUCAGUUUGGUAUUUGGGACAUUACUACUGAUUUAUUGUCCAGUUUUGGUUCUCUUUCAUCUCUCAACGAUAUUCAUUCAAUGACAUUAGAGGCAAGAUAUGUGGAUGAAACGGGAGAAAAAGCCAGGGCAAGUUUGCUUGCAUAUGCAUCGUAUGCGCCUAGUAAUCGUCAUAUUCAGGUGUCCACAAGCACUCGGGAUCCUAAAGUUGGAGAAUACAUUAUCUUCCAUGUCAGAGCAGAUUAUUAUGUGAAACAGUUUUCAUAUUUGAUAAUUUCUAAAAGCAUAAUUCUGUUGUCUGGAGUAGAAGAAAUGCCUGCAAGCAUCAAAACAUUCGCAGUUUCUCUUUCACCUGAAAUGGCACCUACAGCAACUGUUGUAGUUUAUGACAUAGCCAGGGAAGGUGAAGUUGUUGCUGAUAGCUUAACUUUUCCCGUGGAUGGCAUAUCCCGAAAUAAUUUCUCUGUCGUUCUAAAUAACAAAAAGGAUAAAACUGGGGAAACAAUAGAGGUUAUUAUCAAAGGGCAACCAGGAACUUAUGUUGGUCUUUCAGCUGUUGACCAUGUUUUGCAUAACAUGCGCACUGGAAAUGAUUUGAGUCAUGCUGAGGUAUUGGAAAAAAUGAAUGCAUUUGAUGAGAAGAUGAAUGGUACUUUAUCAUAUUCAUGGAAAUCUCGUGGCGGGAAUUCCAAUCAGUUUAUCAACUAUCCAUCAUCAUCUUAUGGUAUGGAUGCAAGCAAAAUUUUUAAGUUCGCUGGUUUAAUUCUGUUUACUGAUGCUCAUGUUCCUAAGAGACCAGAUGAUUGUAGCAAGUCUGGAGAUUAUUCUAGUUGCAUGGAUGGCAAUUGUUUUAGGUCUGAUAAAUAUUGUGAUGGUUUUAUGGAUUGUCUUGAUGGUUCUGAUGAAAGUGGAUGCCCUGUCCAAAGUGAACUUGACAUUGCCGAAUAUCAACGAACUAGAAUAAAUAGAAUUCAGAAGAUGUAUGAAAAUGCCUGGAUAUGGAAAGAUAUAAAUAUUGGACCCCUCGGUCACUAUAUUUUUAAUAUACCAGUUCCAUCUGUACCAACCUCUUGGAUUAUAACUGCUUUUGGAAUGAACAGUGCUAAUGGAUUUGGUUUACUUCCUCAUCCAAUUCAGUUUUCUUCUACGAGACCAUUUUAUAUGGUUCUUGAGAUGCCAACUAAGUGCAAAAUUGGAGAGCAAAUUGGUCUACGUAUCGUUGUUUUCAAUUAUUUUCACAAUGAAAUGGAUGUUUUAGUUAGUGUUGCUAAAUCUCCUUAUUAUAAGUUCGUCCAUGUUGAACCUUUUGGUGUAGUUGAAUCAUAUGAUCCAAGAACAUCAUCAGAUGAGCAGCAGCAUCUUAUUUUGAUAAAAGCUGGGAAAUCUGCUGUUGUUUAUAUGCCAAUAGUUCCCAUUGUGCUUGGCAAAAUCAAUGUGACAGUUAUGGCAAGAUCACAGAUUGCCAAAGAUAUACGCACUAAAGAGUUACUUGUUGAAUCAGAUGGUAUUCUUCAGCAGAAACACACAAGUAUUCUUCUUGAUUUGUCACAAGGAGCACAUUUAAUCAAGUACAUGGAUACAAAUAUCACUGAGUCUCCUGUAGUCCCAUAUCGACAAGAGCGUUUAUAUAUAUAUGGAUCUACUAAAGCUAGCAUUUCUGUCACAGGAGCUUUUGUAGGAGCAGCAUUUCCCACAAUGCCGAUAAAUGCAUCAAGUAUUCUUCAAAAACCAGACUGGUGUGGUGAGCAGAAUAUGUUUAACUUUGCUGCAAAUCUUUAUACUCUUAUGUACCUGAGGCUAAGUGGUCAGAGACAAUCUAGAUUGGAAAAGCAAGUUUUUAAAUAUUUAAAUCUUGGUUAUCAACGCCAAAUCAGUUAUCAGAUGAAAGAUGGAUCAUUUUCUCCUUUUCGAUGGGACACUUAUCCUAGUGUCUGGUUAACAGCUUUCUGUGCUAGAGUAUUUAAAAAAGCAACUUUCCAUGAGUGGGAGAAUUAUCUCUAUAUCGACGCUUCAGUUAUCGAAAGAGCUGUUUUAUGGCUACUGGAUUAUCAAACUUAUGAAGGGUCAUUUUAUGAAACUUCUCUUUACCCAUUUGAUAGAAAAAUGAAUCUUACAUCAAAACGCCUAAAGGAUCCUGUGAAGUAUAGAAACAUUACACUAACAGCUCAUGUUUUAAUAACAUUAGCUGAAGUUGGUGACUUGAGUGGUGAAGUAGGCUCUAAAGUAUCACAAGCUAAGCAACGAGCUACUCGUUACCUCGAGAAAAUGCUGCACACAAUUAGAGAAUCAAAGGAACCCUAUGAAAUUGCAAUUGUUUCUUAUGCUUUGACACUUGUGAACAGUAUUGAUGCAGAAACAGCCUUUAAUAUAUUAGAUGGGAAAAUGAGAGAAGCAGGAGGAUUAAGGUAUUGGUCUAAGGACUAUGUUCCACCACCUUUAUCAAAAGUUGAGAAUAACCAGACACCCUAUUUGAUACCACGACUUCCGCAUAAAUAUGAAGCUUCCAAUGUGGAAACUACUGCAUAUGCAUUGCUUGUGCAUGUUAAGAAAACAGCUGUAAUACAGAGAGAGAUAGUUGCUUGGCUCAAUUCUCAGCGAUCCACAGAUGGUGGAUGGGCUUCAACGCAAGAUACUAUUGUUGCUAUGCAAGCAUUAAUUGAGUAUGCAGUGCAAUCUCGACAGAGGGAUGUGAUGGAUGUUACCGUAUCUGUAGAAGCCCCUUCCACCCCAGGAUUUUCAAAGCAGUUGCAUAUUGAUGAGAAUAAUUUCUCUGAACUGCAGAAAAUUGAUAUACCUAAUGCUUAUGGAGCUGUCAUAGUGAAAGCUCAAGGAUCAGGAUUAGCUUUGGUUCAACUUUCAGUUCAAUACAAUGUUGAUUGGAAACAUCUGAUGAUUCCUCCACCUUUGCCUGCUUUCAAUCUGGAUGUUAAAUUUCAUUAUUCUGGUCGCAAUAGUUCUCACAUUACUUUCAGAUCUUGCCAGAGUUGGACUUUGCUGUCUGAAAGUAAAGCUAGUGGAAUGGCAGUUUUGGAAAUUGGGAUACCUACUGGCUACAUAAUAGAACAACAUGAACUACAUGGAUAUGUGCGUUCACACAUGGUUCGAAACCUCAGAGAAGCUCGCUUUCAGGAAGGAAAAAUUACAUUUUAUUUUGAAUAUUUGGAUAUUUCGCCAAUUUGCCUGACAUUCACAGUACAAAGAUGGUUUCCUGUUGCUAACAUGACACGAUAUUUAUCUGCCAAAGUAUAUGAUUAUUAUGCUCCAGAGCGAUACAAUCAGACAAUGAUGGAUAUGUACAGUUUAUUUGUUCUUAGUGUGUGCCAAGUUUGUGGUUCUUACCAGUGCCCUUAUUGCCCAGUAUUUAGUUCAUCUUUCAUUACGUGUUCUAUAAACAUCUAUAUAGUCAUUAUGUGUAUCUUAGUAUCCACAAUCUUUGUACUUGCGUCAAAAUAAACUAUUCAUUUCAUAUUCACGAGAUCCUGUGCAUCAGCAUGCAGAAAGAUUCCCCAUGUGUUGCCAUAAGAUGAGAUAUUUAAAAAAUGUGCUUCAAAUUUGAAAAAACUGGCCAUAUUUCCUCUUUUAAUUUGUUUAUUUGGAAUUUAGUUAGU